AUGGCCGAAGCUCUUAGCCUUGCCAGUAGCAUCGUUGCGUUGGUUCAACUAUCGGCCUCUAUAUACUCCGCGACAUCAAAAUUCUACCGGGAGGCCAAAGAGGCCAAGUCCAGAAUCGGCGCGCUUGCAACUCAGACCAGAAACCUCUCAGGCGUGCUUCAGAACCUGUCACUCUUGGCAUCCUCGCCCCUGUUCGACGAUGCUGGGGUAUCUGCCCUAGACUUCAGGGACACGUACAUAGAAUCUUGCUACAAUACUCUGUACAAGAUCAAGCGAAAGCUUGACAAGGCUGAGGGUGACUUUGACAGUGGAAGCCAGAAGAGAAUCAUCACACGCAGCUUGAAGUGGCCAUUUGCAUCUCAAGAAACCAAGGAUCUGGUCACAGAGUUGAGCCACCACCAGGAUGUUCUCCACUUGGCCUUGUCAGCUGAGACUAUGUCGCAACUGCUUCAGUGUCUGGCCAACACAAACAGUAUUGCAAAAUCGGUCGACAUCCUCAACCAAAAACUCGACCGGAAAAGAAGCAUUGACAUGAGGGCAGAACUGACUGCAAAGAGAGAGGAGAUCGUGCGUUUCUUUUUGAAGGUCAAUCCCGAGAACAAAUUGCAGGACUGCAGAAGUCAAAGACAGCCAAACACCGGGAAGUGGCUAAUCGAGAGAGAUCGAACGUUUCGGAAUUGGAUGGGUCUAGCGGGGUCCCAAAUAUGGUUGAGCGGCAUACCAGGGGCCGGCAAGACCAUCCUUUGCGGCACUGUUAUUGAAGAAAUCCUUCAGACGCAGAGCCCGUCUACGGCGGUGGCGUUCUUCUUCUGUGACUACAAAUACUCGGAAAGCCAGAAACCCAUCAACAUUCUAGCUACCCUAGCUGUGCAGCUUGCAAAACAAGCUAAUGUCGCGUUCGAGACGCUCGAGUCUUACUACGAGGAGCUCCAUCCCCACAACAGGAUUGCAAAGCCGCCAGAAACCAAGCGCAUGAUUGAAGUUGUUCAAUCAAUGAUCAACCAUUAUGACCGGGUCUAUUUAGCUGUCGAUGGCCUUGACGAAUGCGGCCAAAAUGUCUCAGAGGCAAUCCAGACACUCAAGCAACUCACGCAAGGGAGCGAAGCUAACAUGGCUCUAUUCAGCCGGAAAGAGCACGACAUAAUCGAAGAGCUUUCCGAUAGCCCUCACAUCGAAAUUGCCGCACAUACUGAGGAUCUAGAGCUAUAUGUCCUUGCACAGAUGGCGAGUCGUAAGAGGUUGGGGAACCUGGCCGUAAAGAAUCCCGAGCUCCAUGAGCAUAUCCGCCGUACUCUGAUUGGAGGUGCCAAUGGAAUGUUUCGGUGGGUUGCCUGCCAAUUAGACCAUCUUGAUGGCCUUCCAAGCGAUGGGCGACGUCGAAAAGCGUUGAACGAACUUCCGCCCUCUCUCUUUGAGACAUACGAUAGGAUAUUGGACCGGAUCAUGCAAGAAGACGAGAAAGAUCAGCAUAUUUGUCGAAAAGCUUUGUAUUGGAUCGGACUGGGUUACCUUAGGAUUGGUCCCAUGGCUUUGUGCGAAGCCAUCUCUAUUCCAGACGACCAGGACCUAGUCGACAAGGAUCUCUGGGUGGAGCCAGACUGGGUCUCACGCAUGUGUAGCAGCCUCGUCCGUUUGGCUGAGCACGGCUCCAACAACGCUCACUUCCAGCUCGCCCAUUUUACCGUCAAGGAGUACUUGCGAAGCAUAAAGCCGCAGUCGGAAAGAAGCCUUUUUCGAUUUUCCGAGGACGAAGCGAUUCAAAGCCUGUUUCGAACUUCGUUGAGAUUCUUGAUAUCCCCAGUAUUUGACCGAAAACCAAUAAUUGCCAAGUCGGAGAUACAACGAAUAGCAGAACGCAAUGAGAAUCAUCCAUUCUACCCCGUAGCUGCGGACUAUAUGUUCUGUUCCGGGCCAGGCUGGGAGCAAAGCCUGAGACUCAACGAGCAAUUAUCUCUGUUGCUCGAAGAUGAGACGAUGCUGGAGCAAGCCAUCAAACUAUUCAAUCCAGACAACAAUGGGACGUUUCUCUCCUGGGUUCUUCAGUUCGCCUGGGCUUGGAUGGUUCCACGUCAGCGCGUCAAAAAUGAAAAUGAGUUCUUCAGCCUGCUUGGGAUAAUCCUCGCGCCCGAAUUCUCGGCACUUCAGGUUGCUGCAAUGCUUGCGCUUCCUUCAGUUUGUGCAUACCUGAUUGAUGUUGGUGGCGUCAAUCCGAAUUUGUGCGGCCGUCUUGGAGCACCCUUGCAUGCGCUUUUGGCUGGCUUUGGUCUAUUGCUCUGGUUCCGGUCUGACUUUCAAUACGAUCCACGCGUGCACUACCGGAUUGCCCUGGAAUCCACAGUGCAAACAAACGACCAGCUUCGGAAAUGUUUAGAAAUUCUCCUCGACCACGGCGCAGACACUUCGCUUCGAUGGAACCAAACGAGCGUCAUGGAAAUGGCCAUAAACAAUGCAAUCACCGGUUAUUCCACCAAGUUUUGGAUCGAUCCUCUCAUAACUCAAUCAACGAUUGUGCCUGAGGAUUUCAUCGAGACAUUCAAGGAAAAUCUGGUGGGGGGGCUUAUCGAGCAGCCACUUCUCGAUGCGAUUCUCCUCAUAGGCUCCGAUCCCAAUGCAGCACCUGGAUGGGCACGUCUUGCCUCUCUCAUUCAAACGCGGCGCAUGGGCUCUAUAUGUCAUGCUGAAGGGAUCGAUGUUGCGAUUGACCUUCUGAAGAAGGUGUCGGAUGAGGACUUUGCCGAUGGUGUCCAAAAUUCAAUCAAGCAAGAUUUGACAGAUUCUCUCCGAGCAUUUGUGCAAGAUCCUAGGUUCCAGCCACAGUUAUACAUGCCAUACGGCGAUUCCGAGCAGAUGCCAAUCCUGAAAUACGCAAUCGCCGAAGGAAGCGUCAAGUCGGUUGAACUGCUAUUGGACGCUGGCUGUGACCCUCAAGUGGUUGAUGAGAAUGACGGAUGGACUGCUGUACAUCAAUGCGCUGCCUGUGAUACAGGUGGUGCAGAGAUGAUGGCGCUGUUACUGAAGUCGGGGGCGGCUGACUCGGCCAAGAACCAUGAAGGAGACACAUGUUGGCACGUUGCCGCAGAGAAUGGCAAUACCUCCAGUCUCAAUGUGUUGGUAGAGAUGGGCAGUGACACCAAGGAGUCCCUCGCGACGACUUCGAGUGCAGGCAGAACUCCGUUAGCAUCCGCCAUCCACGAAGGACAUCUGGAGACGGCAAUGAUGCUACUCGAUCAUUGUGGUCCAGAUCUGCAUUUCUUCCAGAGCGAUCAACCACUUCUGAACCGGGCUGCAGCUAUUGGAUCCAAGGACUUGUUCCUGCGUCUGUAUGACAAGCUGAAAGAAGCUAACGCGACAGAAUCCAUCGACAGCUCCAAGCCAUUACAACAUAUAAACAUGUCCUGCUCGGUGGAACUUGUUGAUUACCUGCUAGACUCAUGGGCUAUGAGCGAUGGAGAAGCAUCCACUGCAUUAACGAUAUUCCUACUGCACGCCAACGACAUUGUCUUCCAAGAUCAGGAGAAGUACCCUUCCCGUACUGAUAUGGAUCACAUUAUUCGAGGUCUCCUCCCACCGAAAGAUGCCGUCAACCAUGAUGGGCCUACACGACAGCAGUUCUGGAACAUAUUCUGUGAGAACGUGGUGCCCAACCUGACAAAAGUCUGCGAACAUAACGACGCUCAGUGCCGUACUGGUCUCAUCAGCAUGAUGUUCGAAAUUCUCAUCGACGUCGGAGUGUUGCAUUCGUAUGAACGGAAGGCGCCCCUGACGAGCUACAAAGUGCUGUUCCAGUCUCUUCUGGAUCGAGGCAAUAAUUUGAAGUGCUCAUGGAUUGCUUCGUCGGUCCAAAAGGUGAUCGAGGCAGACAGUCUAUCUUUAGAGCUAACGAAUGAAGCAGUAUCCAUCGAGCUUCUUUCAAAUGCGAUGCAACAAUCCAACAUCGACCUUGUGCGCCAGCUUCUGGAUCACGGUGUUGAUAUCCAUACGGCCCAUGGAGGCUUAUCACCCGUUGAGCAGGCAUGCUAUGCCUCAGACCUGACAAUGUUCCACUUGAUCAUUGAUCACGUGGAUAAGACGCUUGUCAAUAGGGCAGGAUACCAAGGAAAGACCCUGUUGCACUGGGCAGUCUCUGGGACAGUCCCCGGGUACUUAGCAAAGAUUCAACAGCUUCUUAAAUUGGGCGCCAACAUCGACUCGGAGGUUCAUGAUCCAAAUGCAGACACCGCUCUGACUUUGGCAUCACGGAGUUAUCGCCAAGACAUCGUCGCACUACUGGUCUCAAAAGGCGCCAAUUCUCUAUAUCGUGGGCGUGACGGGUGGUCAGUACUCCACGCUGCAGCUGUGUCAGGCGACUUUCAGUACAUCCAUUCUUUGCUUUCCUCAGAAGCUCCAAGGUCAUUUUGGCUGGGAACUUGCACAUUUCCCUUUCUUCUUGUUGACGGGAGGCCACACAGAACACAGAACACAGCCGCCAUUCAUCUCGCAGCGCACUAUGGAAAGUCCAAUUUUGUAAAGUUUAUGAUACAGACCGACUUACCGUUUGACGUCAACGGAGUGACGGGAUACCCGUCUCUAACACCACUGCACUUGGCAUCUUUGGCUGGGCACCACGAAAUUGCCGAGAUCCUCAUUUCAUCCAAUGCGAAUGUCAACGCAAGGGAUGCAAACCACAAUCUUGCCACAGACCUAGCAGCAAUGAAUGGUCAUCUCGGGGUGGUCAAAUUGCUCCUGAUGGCAGGUUCUGAAAAGCCAUCAAACCUUUUCAGUGAUGCAAUUGCACGUCUCAUGACAAACGGAACUGGAUAUAUGGAAGAUGCAGAAGAUACAAAGGCCAUAUCUCAUUUCGACUUCGAAAUGGCCAUUAUACGUGGGAGUCUUGAACAUUGCCAAAAGCUUAUGGCACAGGGCCACUCAAUCAACGCGGAACUUCUCACACAUUCAUACACGCCGCUGGUGUGUGCUGUGGUCCAUGGACAAGCAGACAUUGUUGACUGGUUGGUCUCAGCGGGGGUUGAAGUUACAAAUCCCGUCAUUAAGAGUCUACAUCCAUCCCUGAGAUGUAUGGCAUCUCUCACCACACACCAUAUCCCGUCCACAAAGACCCUCGCAGCUGUCAUGAGCCUGGCUCUGAAGCAGAACGUGAGUUGGUACGGGGGCAUCCUUGGUCCGUUACACGUCGCCAUUUUGAAUGAUGACAUUGGAGUGUUGGAAGUGGCCUUGAAACAUAUUCGCGAGAAUGACCAUGCAUAUCGGAAGAUGAUUGACAACGAGAUGAUUUGCCUUCCUGCCGAUAUUAUCGGCUGGCGUGGUCGCAGUUCCCUUUCCAUCCUGGUCAACGAGGUCAAUCAAGACCAAGCAUUUUCGAAUGGCCCGCCUUGGACGCAGGGGAUGCCAUCCGGUUCGCCACUGCACUGGGCUAUUCGGAAAAGUGACGUUUCUGCUGUGAAGUUGCUCCUCGAAAAUGAGGCUGAAUCUCCAGUUGGCAUCCCGCAGAACUAA